UUGGUACAUAUUUCUACUUAAACUGAAAUAGAUAUAUAUUUGCAGUUUAGCGAAAACGUGAUAGAAAACUUCAGUGCAGUUCAGUGCAAUAACAGAAAGAACAGAUCUUUAGUGGUCAACAUUGUCAACAGUCAUGGCUGAAAUCUUUAAAAACGGCACGUUUCGGGGAGGCGAGUGUCUAAUUGCUUUUAUGAUAGUAGGAUCAGCUGAGUUAUGCCAGAAAAUAUCAGAGGGCUUACAUCAAAGUGCAAAAGAAAGGAAGUGGCAGAUAUCUGUUCAUCAGUGUGAAUCUAUUACGGAUGUUAUAAAAACGAGGAUAGAUAUCUCUGUGGAUUUUAUCAUUUUUCCUUUUGACUUAAGAGCUUCACACACCUUGUUAGAAAUAGAAGCUAACAUAGCCAGGAUAGAUGAAUAUUAUAUAUUGUCUGGUGCAGUUUGCAUAGUAAAUUGUAAUGGAAUAUCCAAUGUUAUGGGAUUGAUCCAUAAAUCUAAGAAACUGUGUCACGAUUAUAAUAUUCGUUUUCUCUCUGCUAAUAUUUCUAAUAAGAAAGCCUGUGUCUCUUUAGGAAGCAGAAUUCUAAAUAUAACAGAAGGAAUAUUGGGAUUAAACAGUGGUAUACCUGUUAUUGGAACUGUUGCACAAUACAACUAGAUUACAAAAAUAGUGAGGUGCUAGUAUAAGAUUAACAUCGAGAUGAAAAAAUCAAGUGGUAAGACAUACGCUUCCAGCCAAGAGGAC